UCGACCGUCGGCAGACUGUCAGCGAUCGAGCGAUUUAUUCUGAAGGGGUGUUAAUUUGUGUAAUUGAACACAAUAUUGACAUAACUUAAAAAUUUUACUGAAAAAAUAUUGUGAGUUAAUGAACUUUAAAGAUAGUAUAGUUUGAAGUGUUGGUUUUGGAGAAUGGAUCCGUUUGUUAUAACUCCACCAGAGCGAGCAAGGUUCGAAUCCCAGUUCCAGGCUCUAAAGCCCAUCAAUGGCAUCGUCACUGGAGACCAGGCCAAAGGGUUCUUGCUACAGUCUCAAUUACCAAUGCCUAUCUUGGGCGCUAUCUGGGGACUGGCAGACACAGAUGCCGAUGGAAAAAUGAACAUCAACGAGUUCAGCAUUGCCUGUAAACUUAUAAAUUUAAAGUUGAGAGGCUUUGAAAUUCCUAAAGUUCUGCCUCCAUCCCUAAUGCAAUUAGCUCAGCACCCUGGAUCGACUCCAGCAGCACCUCCUGCCAUGGUAAAGCCUCCUGUACCUCCAGCUCCAACAGUAGGGGUCCCUCGCCCCAUCAUCUCCCCCCCAUCAGGAGGCAGCACUCCCAAAGUCACUUCUCCUCAACAGGCUCCUCUUGUAGGUUUGGUGGGUGCUCCUCCAAUCCCUCCCCAGCCCGCCAUCACCUCCCAACCUCUAUUGGGAAUGUCUGCUGCCCCACAGCCUCCUGUAGCCAAUGUUCCUCCACUGAGUGCCAUACCUCCUCUAGCUGCUGUCCAACCGAUAGCCAAUGUUGCACCUCUUGCAAACAUUGCACCGAUGCCUAAUAUUCCAUCAAUGCCCACUGUCCCACCCAUGCCCAACAUCGCACCGAUGUCAAGUGUCACACCGGUCCCUGGCGUUCCACCAUUGUCCAGCAUUGCACCUAUGCCCAACAUUGCGCCAAUGCCCAGUGUUCCACCAAUGCCUAGUGUUCCACCAAUGCCAAAUGUCACACCACUAGCCAUGGUUCAUCCUAACACGAUGUCUCAGCCACCUCUUGUACCAGCGGGCGUUACUAGCAUCCCAACCUCAGCAGCUUCUAUUCCAGCUGCAGUUCCACCUGCUUCAAUGGAAUCUCCGCUUGGUUCAAGCAGCCAGGUAAUGGACUGGGCUGUACCUCAUGCUUCUAAGCUUAAGUACACUCAGUUGUUCAACACCACGGACAGAACAAGGUCUGGAUUUCUCAAUGGUGUACAAGCUCGCAACAUCAUGAUGGCUUCUCAACUACCGCAGAAUGUCUUGGCACAGAUCUGGGGUCUGGCGGACAUGGACACUGAUGGACGACUGUCUUGUGAGGAGUUUGUACUGGCUAUGCAUCUUUGUGAUCUAGCAAGAAGUGGGGAGAAGAUUCCAGUACCACUUCCGGCAGAUCUAGUCCCUCCAUCACUGCGACGCCAACGUCAGAACUCCAUCCCCUCCACCGCAGAGAUGGGUGAUCCUCUGGCUGGCAUGUCUGGCGUUACUUUUGAGGACAAAAGGAAAGAAAAUUUUGAAAAGGGACAGGCCGAGUUGGAAAGGAGACGUAAAGCCUUGUUGGAAAUACAAAGAAAAGAACAAGAGGAGAGGGAACGCAAGGAGAGAGAAGAACAAGAGAAGAGGGAAAAAAAUAGGUUGGAACAAGAAAAACGAAGACAACAAGAGCUCGAGAAACAGCUACAGGCUCAAAGAGAACUGGAACAACAGAAGGAGGAGGAGAGAAGAAGAGCACAGGAGCAAAGAGAGGCAGCUAGAAGGGAGAUGGAGAGACAGAGACAGCUGGAGUGGGAGAAACAGAGGAGUCUGGAGCUGCAGGCUCAGAGGCAGAGGGAGCAGGAGAAUGUGCUCAAGAUGAAGGCUAAAAAUCAGAAUCUGAGCAUCGAAUUAUCCCAGCUGAAUGAAAAAGUGAAGGAGUUAUCCACGAAGAUCACAGAAACACGGUCUGGAGUGACAGGUGUGAAGGCUACUAUUGAUGGCAUGAGGACGACCAGAGACACACAAUUGCAGCAGAUGUCAGCUCUAAAAGCUAAGCUAAAGGAGCAUAAUGCAAGGCUUGUAGCUGUUAGCCAGGAAAAGGCCAGGUUGGAGGCCAAGAACAAGCUAAACAUGGCAGCUGAUGCUGCAAGCCAAGAGCAUGCCAAAAUCGCAUUUAACAAUAAACAGAUCACCUUGAAACAGCUGCGAGAUAAGCUACAAGACAUGGAAAAGCAGAUUGAAGUGAAAAUGGAAGACAUAGAGAACAAUAAUUCACAAUUGGGUGAAAUGAAGCAGCAGCUGGUUACUCUUAUUAAAGACUGUGAAGAUUUGUAUGGCACCUACAAUGAAAAAAGGAAUAAGGUUCUAGAAAUGAAGGGCAGCAAAGCUAAAGAAAUCUCUGGAUGGGGAGACGAUGCUUGGAACACUGCCACAUCCGCCUGGCCUGAAGAUAAUUUCACAACCCAAACUGAUGGCUACAAGAGGUAUAGAGCUUUAUACGAAUUCGUUGCUCGGAAUGGAGAUGAACUUUCCUUUCAACCUGGUGAUAUUAUUAUGGUAUCAUUGACCCAGAAUGCAGAGCCAGGCUGGCUGGCCGGGGAAUUACGAGGAGCUUCGGGCUGGUUCCCUGAAGCCUAUGUGGAGUGUAUAGAUCUGGACACUGGUGUCUCUCUCUACCCUGAGGCAGACACUGUACAGAAAACGCAACUUGAGGAGAUAGCAGAAGUGCCAGAGAAUGUAUCAGAUAAUGGGUCGGCAGUGGUAGAAGCAGCUAUGGCCGAGCCUGUACCAGUCGUACCAGUCAUGCCUUCCCUGGUCCUGGGUUUGGGAACUCCUGCCGACCUUACAGUGGUGGCCCUGUAUCCUUUUCCAGCCUCACUGCCAGGUCAACUACCCUUCGGCAAAGGUGAUAUCAUUCGGGUCACUGAGAAUCAGGAUAUCUGGUGGUAUGGGGAAAACAAUGGACAAGAAGGCUGGUUUCCCAAGACUUAUGUCAAACUUUCGACAGAUAAUGUCAACAUCAACAACACAGUUGACACAGGAACAUUGCCCCCCGACCAGCAAGAGUAUUAUGUGGCGCUGUACCCGUACAUGUCGGGCGAGACCGGGGAUCUCAGUUUCAGCCAGGGAGAGGUGGUUUUAGUGAUCAAGAAGGAAGGAGAGUGGUGGACAGGAGUGAUAGCAGACAGAGCUGGAAUAUUCCCGUCAAAUUAUGUCCAGAAGGCUGACACUCAGCCAGUUGUGCAACCUGCGAUAGAAGAACCGGUUGUUGUUCCCCAACCGCAGAAAACUCAGCUAGAAACUCAGCCCCAAGUGGUGAGAGCAGUUACUCCAGAUUUCUCAGCACUGUCUUCACAGUUGGAGUCCGCUAGCAGCGGAGGAGAGGAUAGUGACUCCAAGGGCACAAAAGGGAAGAAGCCUGAGAUUGCCACAGUGAUUGCUCCAUACCAGGCGACCAGUGCGGAACAGCUGAGCUUGCAGAGGGGUCAGCUUAUCAUGAUCAGGAAGAAAACAACGACAGGCUGGUGGGAAGGAGAACUGCAGGCCAAAGGGAAAAAGCGACAAAUUGGGUGGUUCCCUGCGUCAUACGUUAAAACUUUAGGAGCAGGAGGGGGAGGUCGAGGAAUUGGGCGUUCUGGUAGACAAACACCCUCUGCUGAGCCUCUUUCCACAGAAAGGGUGAUAGCCUUGUAUCAAUACAAAGCUCUCAAUGAGGAUGAGCUCAGUUUUGAGAAGGAUGACAUCAUCUCUAUAUUAUCCAAGGAUGAACCUGCCUGGUGGAGAGGGGAACUCAAUGGAGCCACUGGUCUCUUUCCUAGCAACUAUGUCGCCCCUGUCUCCAGCAGCGGGAAGAAGAAAAUUAAGUUGGGUAAAGAAGAGAAGAAACGUCAACAACACAUCAAGGAACUAAUCAUGACGGAGCAGGCUUACAUUGAUGACAUGUCUAUAGUUCACGAUGUGUUUGAGAAACCACUGAGUGAGAGCAAGAUUGUGACUCCGGAGGAGCUCAGCACCAUCUUUGUGAACUGGCAAGACAUAAUAGUGUGCAACUACAUGUUCCUCAGAGCUCUUCGAGUUCGGAGAGAGAUGAGCGAGGGUGGAGUAAUCAGGAUGAUCGGAGACAUACUCUGUGAGAAUCUGCCACGUAUGACAGUGUACGUGCGGUUCUGCAGUUGCCAGUUGACAGCAGCUGCAGUGCUGCAGAAACUGACAGAGGAGAGUGAGGACUUCCGAGGUCUGGUGAGACGUUGUCAGACUGACCCGAGAACCAAGGGCAUGCCCCUCAGCUCUUUCCUCAUCAAACCCAUGCAGCGCAUUACCAAGUAUCCCCUCCUCAUACAGAAGAUCCUGGAAUUCACCCCUCCCGAGCACCCAGACCAUGCUUAUCUCCUGGAGGCACUGGCUAAAGCAGAAGAGUUCUGUAUUCAGGUGAAUGAGGGUGUGAGGGAAAAAGAAAACUCAGAUCGCUUGGAAUGGCUUCAGAGUCAUGUAUCCUGUGAAGGUCUGGAUGAGCGAAUUGUCUUCAACUCACUCACUAACUCUGUAGGCCCUAGGAAGUUCAUUCACUACGGUUCACUCACAAAGACCAAGAGUGGGAAAGAGCUUGUGGGAUUCUUGUUGAAUGACUUCCUCCUGCUGGCUCAACCUUGCCGCCCUCUGAGUCAACCAUUCUCUUUUGAACGUCACUCACACGUCCGCUUCAAGAUAUACAAACAGCCACUGAUGCUGUCAGAAGUGGUGGUUCACACCGGGUCUGAGACUGCGGAGAGUGUGGAGCUGAGGCUGGAACACAUGCGGGCCAUGUUCAGUCUGUCUGCUGCCUCUUCCAGUGACCGCAAUCUUUGGCUGCGCAAGAUUCAACAAGCACAAGAUGAGGUCACACAUAGUGAUAAAUGCAAGUUACAGCGCCAACAGUCAAAACAACAGAGGUUCGGUGCUGUGGGCAGAGUGUUGGUGGUCGUGGUGGAGGGCAGUCGACUGAAGGCCCCUUCCCCGUCUCAUGUUGGAAAGAGGGAGGUGUUCUGUGAAGUGUCGAUGGGAUCUCAAGAACACCGCACACCCCCGGCGAAUGCAACCAUGCAGUUAGACCCUCGCUGGAAUGCCACCAUGCAGUUCCUGGUCAAGGACCUCAACGAGGAUGUCCUGUGUAUUACAGUCCUGGACAGAGGACACUUCACUCCUGAUGAAUUCUUGGGCAGAACAGAAGUCCGUAUCUCAGACAUUCUUCACCUGUCGCAGAACUCCAGAGGGCCAAUUGUAAAGAAUCUACCUCUUCAUGAAGUGGAUUCUGGAGAAGUCACGCUGAAACUUGAUCUGCGACUUUUUGACUCCCAGUAGUGUAUCAGUUAUCCAGUGUUCUUGCCUUGAAAUUUAAAUUUACUGUUCAAUUCUAAUAAGUGUAAAAAUGUGUUGAACAUACAUCAUUCCACCUUUAUAAUGGAAAUCAGAGUACUAGUAUUAAGUUAAAUGAUAUUAUUUAUUUUACAAGUUGUUAAAUAAUUUUUAUUAAUAUCAGUAUAUAUGCUUUUAUUUGAUUGUUUAUUAAAAUAACUAAGAGCA